AUGAAGGGUGUAUUCUGUACUUUAAUAUGGUGUGUACUGUGUAUCAACCUCCCACUCCUGGUCAAGGCCGAUAACCACACUGAGUUCAACUCUCUGACAGUUACUGCAUGCACGCCUGUGGUACAGUUUGGACUCAAAAGCGGGGGUGAGCUGGAGCUGAAUGUGAAUGAAUGGAUGCUGAAUAGUACUUCUGUAAGCGGGAUCUACAUAAGGCGAACCCUCAAUUCACUCACCUCGCAGAUUCAAGACCGAAGCGAUGGUGGGAGAUUCUGCGUGUUGGAUCAAUGGCAUGUGAAGAACAUGAAAAAUGGAAAUAAAAAGAAGACAAAGUACCAUCCAAAAGGAGGCAUGGGUGGCAUGUUUACCAUACAGAACUCAGUAAUUGCACAAAUUACGAAUGGCUGCCUGGAGGCUCCUGUCGUUCUGUUUCCUGGUCUUGAGGAAUACAUCGCAGUAGAAGUUACAGGCAACACAUCAGUCACAUCUGCCUCGGGAACGAACACUUGUGCGUCGCGCGUGGCCCUGCGUAUUACCGACGACCGGGCCGCUGGGUUGUACACGGCCUAUGCGUGCAACUGUGAGGGCAGCGGGGGUGGAGCUGGUCUAGUGAUACCCGAUGGGAACACUACGGCAGCCCAAGUACUCAAGGAGGAGGAGACGAAGACCAGUUUACAGGAGAGAGGAUACCAACGCAACCAUCACAAGUACCACCCCCCGCUGACGUAUAAUAUCAGUGUAGUAGCAUUCAACCUGCAGAUGGACUAUGCCGAGGGCUCGGACGAUCGCGUGACUAAGCGCAACUACCUGUCCGCUGGUCUCAUACCGCUGCCACAGGUGUACGCGGGGUGCUCACUGUGUUUUGGUACUCUGGCCGUGUGGCUGGGUUAUCUAAUGUAUAGCGGGCGAGAGCAUGUGAAUUUCGUGCACGUGUUGCUUGUGCUGCUGGUCAUAACCAAAGCAGUUUCGCUCGUCCUGCACUCGGUGUGGUAUACGAGAAUCCAAUACGUUGGCACGGCAUCGGAGCCAUGGAAUAUACUUUUCUACGUGCUGCAUUUUAUGAAGGCUAUGCUGAUGUUUGCGGUCCUGCUUCUCAUUGGAUCUGGUGCGUUCUUCGUGAAGCACACGAUUUCGGAAAAGGAUCAGCGGGUGCUCUACAUUGUCCUCGGCUUACAAGUCUUAUCUAACGUGGCGUAUAUGGUGUUGGAGGAGGCAAAUAUCGGUGAUCGAGCAAGCGUUGCCGAUAGCAUGCUCUCCUCUCUUGUGUAUAUGGUUGACUUUGGGUGUUUCGUGGGAGUAUGGUAUGUGAUGGUUGGUGUGAUCAAGCAUCUGCAGAUGGCAACAGAAGAUCGAGAUAAGCACGCUGUGAGUGUUCACAAAUUGAAUCUCUUCAAGCGAUUCUAUAGUGUUGUGAUCUUCUACGUCUACCUGUCGAGAUUAGGCAUCCCUAUGUUCGCGGAUGCAAUCCCGUACGACUACCAGUGGAUUCCAGACGCGUUGCUCCAAGCGUUGGCUUUUGGCGUUUUCACGAUGGUAGCGAUAUGGUUCAGACCGGCACCUGACAAUCCGUACUUCUCGAUACCGCAGGAGGACGAUAUUGAUGUGGAAGAAAUGGAAUUAGGGACGCUGGUCAUAUCAGAAGGUGCAGACGACGCCAGAGAUGACUUCGAAGUGUCGCCGCUGGUGGUAGCUUCCGAUACCAGAGACAAUGAAUCAAGCAUGCGUCGUGUCAGACGGGGUUGA